GCCCCUUCCUCCGCGCCGCGCCCGCCGCCGCGCCCGCGGAUCCGGGAUCGCGGAUCCGGGAUCGGGGAUCCGGGAUCGCGGAGCCGGGAUCGGGGAUCGGGGAUCGGGGAGCGCGGCUCCGCCAUGCCGAAACACGAGUUCUUCGUGGACAUGACCUGUGAGGGCUGUUCCAAUGCGGUCACCCGUGUCCUGCACAGGCUGGGAGGUGUCAAUUUUGAUAUUGACCUGCCCAACAAGAAGGUGUAUAUUGACUCGGAGCACAACGUUGACACCCUGUUGGAAACCCUCAAGAAGACUGGAAAGAAUGCUUCCUACCUCGGGGAGAAGUCUGCACAGUAGCCUUGCCUGGUGUGAGGAGCUAGGAACUCAGUCAUGACUUCAGCAAAGAGAUGGAUUAACUGUCUGCAUGUCUCCCAGCUUGCUCUGUCACUCGACCUUUGCCAGGUGUCGGAAAGCAGAGGGCUGGAGGGAGACAGCUGGGCCUUGGGCUGCAGGAGUGGAGAGGGCUGGAGGAGGAGGUUGUGUGGUGUUUCUAGUCCCACAGUAAAUCAAGGCACUGCUUUUAACUUUCA